CCCGGUCCGACAAUGUAUAUGUGGUGUGGGAUAAAUACAACACAUCCUGUUAUUGAAACUGGUGGUGAGGUUCGCUAAGUGGCAUCACAAUUGAGCUUAAUUCAGUGUGAUACUUGUUUGAUAUUUGAAGGCGGAUUUAAACAUUAAACAGGAUACAAUUCAUCACAUACAGACAAAGCGGGAUACCUGUAUAAUAUAUGAAGGCGGAUUAAAGCAUUAACCAGGAUACAAUUCAUCUCAUACAGACAAAGAUUUCAAAUUUGACUAGUGACAAUGCCGACUGAUGCUGAAAUUUACGGAUAUGGCACUCUUGCCAAUAUACUGUGCUGUCUAUGCUCCAUUGGUGGAGCGUUCGUGCUACCAUGUGUUAGGAGACAUCAACAUGCAUAUCACGUGAUCCUGUCGAUAUUCAUGGGACUGGCGGUCGGGACAUUAGCUGCAGAUGCUCUUCUUCACCUCAUACCAGAGGCGCUUUCCUUACACAGCCACCACAUCGAGGAAGAUGGACAUGGGGCUAACGACACACAUGACGAUGAUCACGAUGAUCAUGACGAUGAAAUACACGUGGAGCCUUAUGUCUGGUACUGUCUCAUCGUGUUGACAGGUAUUUAUGCAUUUUACAUACUGGAGGUCAUCAUGGCGUCUUUACACGCAAGAGGAAAUGAUUACACACAUCUGACGAAAAGUCCAAAGAUAGAGGAUAUGGACGGCGUGGGCAAUGGGAUCAGUGAGCAAAAACUCGAGACGAUCUAUAAGCUUGAUGGGAACCAUCAUAUGCCAGCCACGACGGAAACUUCGGUAGCAAAGAAGAAGAAACCAUUUAGCUACGUUAAGCCGAUAGUCGUGAUGAUUGUGCUCGGGGACGCUAUACAUAACUUCACAGACGGACUGGCAGUUGCAGCCUCAUUCAACAGCAGCAUUGUGGAGGGUGUAUCUACAUCUCUGGCGAUCAUUUGUCACGAGCUACCACAGGAACUCGGUGACUUUGCUAUCUUAAUGAAAAAUGGACUGAGUUUUAAAAUGGCAUUGGUAGCAAACCUACUGUCCUCACUAACAGCCCUACUGGGUUUCUAUAUCGGAGUCUCGCUAUCCAAGGGCGUCGGAGCUAGCCAGUGGAUCUUUUCUAUCGCAGCUGGCCUCUUUCUCUACAUCUCACUGGUUGACAUGAUUCCAGAGCUUAUCAGUGCAGGAGCUGGCCGCCUGAAGACGAUUAUAUACCACAACAUUGGAAUAAUUAUCGGAAUAUUGAUUAUUCUCCUCUUGUCAAUAUUUGAGGACAGUAUACAUAUAUAAUCAUUACAACCUUCAUGAGACUUUGAUUCAUGAACACAAAAGGAAUGGGAAAGAAAAACAAUUUUAUUUCAAACUAGCAUUAAAUUUUACCAUAAAUGACGUAGCUUCUCACAAUAUUAACAGUAAACGAACUCUUUCGUGUUUCCGUGAUGACAUUCAGGUAAAUACACGAGUGAUAUUCCACUUUGUAAAGAACAUUCAGUUUUUAUAGGAGAAUUAUGUUGGGUCUAAUCCGAUGUAUAUAGGAUAUUAAAAGGUUUUGAUCAAUCAUACACAAGAAUACCAACCCACAGUAACUGAGUAUUUAUCUGGCCCAUUUAGGAAUAUAAUACUAUUCUCCACCAGGAAACUUAGUACUGUAUAAAAUUAUCAGAUUCUGAUACAAAGCAAGUCGGGCCUUGGUAUAGAAUUCAAGAAUUCAGCACAUUGAAGCUAGUAUAAAGGGGGAACAUGCAAAAAGUUAUAUACUUCAAAACAACGAAAUAAACAUUAUCGCGCACAUUUACACCCCAAACCAUCCAUAUACUUAUCUAUACAGGCGCGAAUCCAAGGGGAGCCUACCCGGCGUUCGCCACUCUCUCCUAAGAGAAACGAAGAAAAAGGAAAAUAAGAAAAAGUGUAGAGCGAGAAUAAUAUGAUUUGUUCUACGGAAAUAUUGGUCGUCUCAUAUCUUUGACCACGGUUAUUUUUUUUCAAUUUCAGAACUCAAAUUGCCGAUGAUGUCAAAAGUUAAUGUUUUCACCAAAUUAAUAACAAAAACAAAAAACAGCAAUAUAAACAAAAAUGUUCCUCUCGUAACAGUGCUCUUCUCUCCAAGAUCUCACUAUCGAGACCAUAUCCCGCCUCCUUCGCAAUCUUGAAAGAGUGCAAUGCAUCACACACCGAAAUAAACAUUUGUGUUAAACAAACAAAAAGUAAUAAUAAUAAAGUGAAAAAAUGUUCUUCGACACAAAAUUCAAGGCCCCGCCCAUCGGGAAUAAGAUAAUUGAUGCCUAUAAGCGCCGUUUAAUUGCCAAUCCUAUCCUGUCUUUUCACAUGUCUAACAUAUCAUUUUCUCAUUCUGGUCACAAUGAACAUUUACUUUUGAUAACAUCUGUGAUGAUACCGCUAUUAUACAACAGAUUAUAAUAUACCAUAUUUUUAUUGUUUUCUCAAUUAGUCGCAUACAAUCUACAUUGAUAGUCUCUUAUAUAGUCUAAGAACACACUAUUUCUUUCAGAGAAGUAGCCCAAAGAUCUUUCGCUCAAUUCCGACUAGGACUCAAAUGCUGUUAUACAAAAUACUACAUGUGCCUUAAAACAGCUUUAUUUUGUUGGAAAUGGAAUCCCGGCAGUCUAAGAAAUGCAAGAUUUUGACCAUUUCUUCGAAAGCUUCUUGGGGCCUAGGCGGCCUCAAAACCCUUCGCCAUAAUCUUCUGUCUCUUGACGCGCUCCUGUUAUAUGAUACGUACAUAUCUCCACUUAAGCGAUUCGUUACACCAAACAAGUCCCAGCAUACAUCCACAAUCACGAGAGUCCCUUCAGUAUUCUCUUUCUAAAUUAAUGGCUGCCCAAGCCACUGCACAUCAGCACGUCACUCUUGUUAAAUAUAACUCGCACACUGCAAAUAUGAUGACUGAACUGGUGAUAAUCCUUUUUAUAACUUAUCUUGCCCCUGAUGACCUGGCCCCUGAUGACCUGGCCCCUGAUGACCUGGCCCCUGUUUCACCAGCGUUCCUAGAUUUAAAGAAAAUCCCUCAACUUGAAAUUUUCCAUAGGAAAGGUUUUCUUUUGAACUUCCUUUACUACUUAAGUUAAAGAAUCUCGACUGAUUCCUUCCAGUUUUGUAAUUAUGAUUUGGUAAUAUACAUCAUAUUCUGUUUUCUGUAUCCAUUUUUAUGAAUCUAAAAAGCAUUUUUGAAUAAAAGAUGUCAGUUUUUGUCACUGGUCCGUCAUACUAAGGACUAUUCGAUUUGUUUUCAUUGUCACCCAGUGUUACACACUCUUGAACAUUUAAUGGGAGAAAAUGAAUGUGAUAUGGAAUUGUCAACAUACUAUCUAUAGAAACUUUUAAACACAUUGAGAUGCAGUAAAUCCUAAGUUCAUGUGAAUGAUACCAAUGCUAACGCCUUAUAGUUUUCUGUUGUACUAUAACUCUGACCAAUUUUUCAUGUGGUUGUCUUUGUAUUAAGUUCAAGCCGAGCUUUGAUUGUAAUGAGAUGAACAUAUUUUAGUAACAAUAUUAUUUUAAAACGUACAGCAAACGUAUACAAACGAAUUUCAAAUCCUGGAAUCUUUUCCGUCCUUGUCUUAGCGAAAUAGUUUGCCCCCUAAAUAGUGCUGAUGUGGUUUUGACCAUAUGCACAUAUAUCUCGUGCAUACUGUUAAACAUCGUAUGUAAAUAUGCUGUGUUCAGGUCAUUAAUGUUUGUAUUGCCCUAGAUUUGUAUAAAUUGAAAAUGAUGUAAUUUUGUGUUCAUACUUGUGACCUAUGUUGGAAUUCUUUACUGAUAAUUUUACUCCUUGGAGAUCAUGCAUAAGAUUUGUAUGAGAUGUUUCCUUUUUGCAAAACGUUUUACAAGUAUCAUGCAAUUUUUGCUUAUAAUUUAAGAUAAAGUGUAUAAUGCUUUUAUCUCAUUUUUCAUAAAAAUAUCACAGAACCUCAUUUGAUAGUUAUGUAUUGCCUGUAUGAAUACAAUUGCUAUGACGUUAUCGUUAUUUAAACUGUCACAUGUAAUGCAGUCAUAUUGACAAUAAAUGUAAGCUGAUUACCGUACGAUAUAUGUACAUACAUUCCAGAGAUUUUUUCUUACUUUUCUCGAGUUUAUCUUUAGAUUUGUAUAUGCUCUUUCUUGUUUGCUUGAUCAUGAUCAUCAAAGAGAUUAAGGCAAAGCUAUAGUAUGCGUCAUCUGUAGCGACUUGCAAAACAUUUACAUAACGUGAGGAUGCAUUGCGCCAUAUUGUCGCCAUGUUAAAUUUAUGAUUACUAAAUAAUUUAAAGUAUGAUGCAUUAUAUGAUACAAUAGAAUAUCAUAUCUCAUUAACGUCCUCAAUUGAUACCAUCAAUCAAUACAAUGUAUUAACAUCUUAUCAUGUUCCAAUUAUUAUAAUUAUCAUUUUUUGUUUGUUUGGUUAUUGGUGUUUUCAUUUAUAUAUGUCAGCAGUAUAUUUACAUAGCAGGUUUUCACCAUGUAAUUGCUGUAAACAAAGAGUUUGUUUUAUAGCAUGCCGCCCUUCAAAAACAUGCUUAUUUCCUUUUGAAAGGACUUUGAUAAUAUUGCCAUUUGCACAGUUCUUAUAUUAUAACUUUAUAUAUUAGACCAAGCAAACCUGAUGAACGGUCAAGAGGCAAAGCAUAUGAACGAUCUCCUUUUCGAGCUCUGAACCAAUUAGCCUUUACCUUUAACCUCAAGUGUAUUUAAGCGUGCACAUUAGGAAAGUAACUGGUUAAAAUGCUCAAACCGCAACCAGUUCGUACACAUAUUUAAAGUAUACUCUUUCUCAGACAUGACAGUAAAUUGCUCAUAUGAAGUUGAAAUACCUUAUUGUCCUAUUUAUAUAGUAGUCUGUAACCAAUCCCUCGUACCAACGACCAUAUACAAGUAUGACCAACUGAGUAAUCUUUCUGAUCUAUCAUAGUUACUUCUUUUCGUUACAUUUUUGUACUUUUUAUGUAUCCUGCUAGUUUUUCAGGGGUAUGCUAAGUCAUUUGACCCCUCUAGGCCAAUGAGUGCUUUAUGCUACAGGCGACUGG